AUGCCCGAGCGCAAGAAGGACACCAAGAGAAAGGAGCCCAAGGACAAGCAGCAGAAGCAGAAGCCCAUGCAGAAGAAGAAGGUCGAGGGCGCCGCCCUCAUCGGUAUCGACGUUGCCAAGGAAGACGACCUGGGCGAGUGGUACCAGCAGGUCCUGACCAAGGGCGGCAUGCUGGCCUACUACGACGUCGCCGGCUGCUACAUCCUCAAGCCGUGGUCCUACGCCAUCUGGGAGCACAUCCAGGGCUGGUUCAACGAGCGUAUCAAGAAGAUGGGCGUGAAGAACUGCUACUUCCCCAUUUUCAUUUCUGCCGACAACCUGCAGAGGGAGAAGGACCACGUCGAGGGCUUCGCUGCCGAGGUCGCGUGGGUCACCAAGGGAGGCAAGAGCGACCUGGAGAAGCCCGUCGCCGUCCGCCCCACUUCCGAGACCGCCAUGUACCCCUACUUCGCCAAUGAGAUCCGCAGCCACCGUGACCUUCCUCUGAAGCUGAACCAGUGGAGCAACAUUGUGCGGUGGGAGUUCAAGCACCCCAUGCCCUUCAUCCGCUCGAGAGAGUUCCUGUGGCAGGAGGGCCACACGGCGCACCUGACCCUGGACGAGGCCAGCACCGAGGUUCUGCAGAUUCUGGACCACUACGCCGGCAUCUAUGAGGAGCUCCUCGCCGUCCCCGUUGUCAAGGGUCUGAAGACGGAAAACGAGAAGUUCCCUGGUGCCGAGUAUACGACCACCAUUGAGGGCUACAUUCCCGCCACCGGCAGAGGUAUCCAGGCCGGUACCAGCCACUGCCUGGGCCAGCACUUCUCCAAGAUGUUCGACAUCAAGGUCGAGGACCCCAGCCCGGUCAAGGAGGGCGAGCAGAAGAAGCCGCCAAUCCACGUGUGGCAGAACUCGUGGGGUCUGACUACGCGCUCCAUUGGUGUCAUGGUGCUCACGCACUCGGACAACAAGGGUCUCGUCAUCCCUCCCCGCGUCGCCGACAUCCAGGUCGUCAUCGUCCCCGUCGGCGUCACGGCCAAGACCAGCGACGAGGACAAGGAGAAGCUGUACAAGGAGAUUGACGACAUUGCGUCGACUCUGCGCAACGCCAGCGUGCGCGUCGAGACGGACAUGCGCGAGGGCUACAGCCCCGGCUGGAAGUUCAACGACUGGGAGCUCAAGGGCGUGCCGCUGCGCAUCGAGUUCGGGCCCAAGGACAGCGCGGCGCAGGCGGUCACGGCGGCGCGCCGCGAUAAGGAAGGCAAGUCGCAGAUAGCGAUUGCGGAGAUCGGCAGCGCGGUGCCCACGCUGCUGGAGACGAUCCAGGCGGACCUGUUCGCCAAGGCCAAGGCCGACUUCGACGCGGCGCGCAAGCAGGUGACGGCGUGGGACGAGUUUGUCCCUGCGCUGGACGCGAAGAAUGUCUGCUUGAUCCCGCAUUGUCUGGGCGACAAGUGCGAGGAUGAGAUCAAGGAGCUCUCGGCGCGCAAGAACCAGGAGACGACGGAGGAGGCGCACGAUGCGCGCGCGCCGUCCAUGGGCGCGAAGUCCCUGUGUAUUCCGUACGAGCAGCCGGCGCAGGAUCUGAGCGGGGGCGAGACGCAGUGCUUGAACCCCAACUGUGGCCAGAAGGCCAAGAAGUGGGUGCUUUUUGGUAGGAGCUACUAG